AGACGCAAGGCGAGGGGGGGUUGCGUCUAGGUACGUGUUUUCUGUCUGUGCUGCUUCAAAAUGAUAAAGAGAUGAGAGAGAGUGUGUCGGAGAAAAAGAGAGCUCUGGGCUUUUACAAAAACGGUAUUAAGUAUACAAUCGCGUGUGUGUGUUUACCUACGGUGAAUUGAAUGGACUAAAAAGAGAGCGAGAGAACAAAAAAAAAUAGAGAAAAGCUUAUGACAUAAAAAAAAAGUAGUCAAGUAUUUUCUCCCUCUAUCUCUCAGUCUCUAUAAAACGCAAGUUUUGCCAUACGCAUCGCGCUUCGUUAUAAUUGUGCAGUCAUUUCUCUAUACUUACUAUUGGGAAGUUGAGAAAUAAUGAAAGUUAUUGUACCCACGACUCCGUACCCCAGAGAGUCCAGGGUCCGAAUUCUCCAGAGAGCAGUGGAGAAUUAAUCUUUCCUCUCUGCAGCAGUUUUUAUCUUGAAGUACAGUGUGUAUAUGUGUAUAAGUAGUGUAUAAAAAGAAUAUCAAACGCUUAAGAAGAAGAUAGAAAGGCAAACUGCAAAAAGAAAAAAAAAGAAAAAAAAACGUAAAAGUUACUAGUGUGUAGAUAGAUAGACAAGGCAAGGCAAGCCAGCAGAGCGUACAGAGAAGAAUGGGCUUGCACGCACGUAAUUAGACAGUUCAGUCUUAAUCAGUGGCCCGUUGUAGUCUCCGUUGUCGUCGUCGUCAUCGGAUGUACGAUUUUGAGGUGCACUCUGGUCUGACUCAUCAUCACCCAGGAAUCCAUUCAUCUGAGAAUAGUGCUGCAGCUGCUGUAAGAGCGCCUCACGCCCACACCACUACAGUCAUUCAGCGUGUCAUCCGGGCGCCCCUGACGUUGUCGUGUGUUGAUAAAAAAAAAGAGAGAGAGAGAGAUAGCAGUCAAAAACAUUAAAAUACACAGAUAUAUAUAAGUAUACCUCUCAACCCGUCCAUCAACACACCUCCUGGGUCAUAAUACUUACUUGUAUAUUUAUACGAUGCGCUACCGGAUAGCGUCCUCCAAGAGCUCCGCUAGAGUAAUUAGUGUUUAUCAGUGGAGCGUACUAUGAAGAGGUAAAAAAAAAAAAAAAAAAAAAAAAAAAAAACGAGAGAAAGAGAGUUAUAUAUAAUAAUAGAGAGAGGAGAGCAAGCGUGCGAGUACUUUACUACCAGGAAGAAGAUGACGCAGCAACAGCGAUGCUGCAGGUGCAAAGACAAAGAACAGACAAGAGGGGAAGUUGUACAUUGCUACUGUUAUCAUCAAGCUGUUUGAAGAGGAAGCUGCGAGCUCUGGAGCCUCAGUCAUGCUGAGUCUCUGGCUGUGCUGCUGUUGGGCCAGCAGCUUGCUUGUAGCUGUUACACAGGCUUAUCCUGUUACACCUGCUCAUGGUGAUUCCACGGGCCCAGAUGAGUUGUUCAAACAUUGGGACGACAACUGGCUCAAGUAUACCAUAGGAAUCUUGAGCAUAACAGUUUCAGCUUUCACUUUGGUUGGAUGUUUGUGUUGUCAUAGAAAUCGUCGACCUAAAGGAUUCCAAGACUCUGCUGGAAGUAUUAAUAAGGAAUUCAAGGAUGGCGGUUCAAUUGACAACGACUCGUCUGUGCCGCAGUUACAGGGCUUGGAGCUGCAGGUACCAACGCCGAAUUGUCCGACGCAGCAGCUCAUCAGUGACCGAGUGCAAUUCGAGCCUCUCCCGCCGGUCGAGCGUUUUGCGCCUGAAAUCGGUGCGUCUCCGUGGCCAAAGCUACCGCCACCGUCCUCGCCUUCGUUAUUCGAUGAAAACAGCGAGUCCGAUCGCUCGACCCUCCAUGAUUCCUGCCACGAGUGGUUUCAAAAAACCGAUUUACACGUGCCCCGCGAAAAACUCAAGUAUCUGCGAGAAAUUGGUCACGGGUGGUUUGGCAAGGUCGUUGAAGGAUGCGCUGACAUUCAGGGCACUAACUUGGGAAAACCAAGCGUAAAGGGUGGAAACGUCGUGGUAAGGAUAUUAACCGAGGAGGCGUCGGCAAGAGAGAAAGCCUGGUUUCUCGGCGAAGCUACGCCUUACUUUAAGCUUCGUCAUCGCAACAUACUGUCGCUAUUCGGCUCUUGUUUGGAAACCGAUCCGUACCUGUUACUUUUUGAAUCUUGUCCUCUAGGCGAUCUCAAGGGCUUCCUACAUUCGAAUCAAGAUCCGCAAACCAGAGCGGCCCUUGUCAAAGAAAACUUGCCCACGCGUAUAGCCAUUGAAAUUGGUGCUGGUUUGAGACACAUGCACGAGCACAAGCUCGCUCAUACAGAUUUGGCAGCGAGAAAUUGUUUGGUUGCCUCAGAUCUAUCAAUCAAGUUGGGUGACUAUGGUAUUGGCGUUGAAAAAUAUCCUGAAGACUAUUAUGUUUUAGGCGAUAGAGCACUGCCCAUAAGAUGGUCAGCACCGGAGACGAUCGAAUGUACAGAGACCACGAUCGAGACACGAGAGAUAACACCACAAGCCAAUAUCUGGAAUUAUGCUGUUUUAAUGUGGGAAAUAGCUAUGUGGGGUAAAAGACCUUACUCUGAGCUCAGUGAUGAGAAGGUCAUUGAGGUGCUGCUGUCACCAAAAUCGGAACUCAAAGCUUCGGGCUCACAACUGCUCUUACAGAACUGCGAUAAUUGCGCUUCCAACUUGUUAGAAGCGAUCAAAACGUGUCUAGUUCUGAAGCCAGAGAAUCGACUUCCUCUUGAGAAGGUGAGGCACGUUCUUUUAAAAGAUCAACUCGAGGCCGAAAGCUCGGACUUUGAACAGCGUUGGUUAAACCUUCGGCCCAACGUCUCUACGAACCAAACACGCAGCGCAAGCUUGCAAGACUUGCGCGGGAGUCUGGACUCUGAGCAAUGGCCCAGUCUCAUGCAAACAUCGUUCCGUCUUGGACCCGAAGAACCCGUGAAAAACGUGCCAGGCGGUACCGUCCUUGCGCGAGGCCGCUGGCCUUUCCGUGAAUCUGACUCGGAAACUGAGGAGGAGAGCUGGCGCGGCCGGGUCGAGCGUGGUGCCUACACGGAGAAAGUCAAACAAAAAUCCAAGUCGGUAGCUGACUUGAUGGUUCUGGUGCACAUAGAGCCAGAUUCCGAUGCCGAUCUAUCUCUGGGACCGCAGACGCCGAUGACGACGGAGAAGACAAAAAAAAGGCUCGUAGCGAUAGGCAGUGACGGUGAUCUACCAAGCUCCGUUUUCGACGAGCAGUUCGAUCUGGCAUUAAGAAAUCUCCGAGACAUCCCGCUCGUGGUACCAGCCAACGCUGUUCAUGUGUCUAGAGCGGCAAUGCUGGAGAGACCGAAAAAGUUAGCCUUGACCGAAGAACAUAGGACCCAAAUUGUCAAACUAGUCGAGCCUGAUGAUGAAAAGGAAGCUGUCGAGAAAAACGAUUCUAGAGCUUUAAACGAGGAGUCGGAGUCGAUUCUCCACCAGCUGUCCGAGACGAAAAUAAACCAAGUCAACUGUACGCUUCCGUUAACUGAAAAAACAACAAAGUCCCAGCUCGUCACCUCGGUCCUGAGCCCUGACGAGGCGCCAUGUUUCUCAAACAACUUCCAGGUGACGGACUUGGACGACGAGGAGACCGACACGACGACCGUCGUCGAGAACUUGAAUUACACCAAGUCGGGCUUAAUGGACGUGAGUUCGUGGAACAGUGCCCUGGAAUCGGCUCUCAAGCGGAAGGCCACGGAAUUUGGGUCUUACGACGCGACAACUCCCUCGCCAAUGCGUAAAAUCGAAGCUGCAUCUAACGAAGAAGCGAUCACGCCGUCGCCGCAGUCACGCGCCGAGUACUCGACGGAGGAUGUCGAGGAUGAAUUCUCCAACGCCGAGGACCUACCGGGUCUGUCCAAGCGUAAUCUGCCGUUGGACGACGAGGACGACCGGAAGCGCAUGUCGACGCCUGAUGACGAGCGUAGCUCGGACUCUGGUUUUCGGGACAAGGAGUCCUGCGAGGAAGAGGAGAGCCCGCUAGCCGGUCCAUUGCCGAACCUCGUGGCUUCGCAGUCGAACACCCCAAAGUCCUCUGCGACGCAUGACAGUAGUGCCGAAGACGAGCAGAUGCGCAUCCUCAUUGAGCUCGAUACGAUCCUCGACGCUGAAUGUUACGGUGCUUCUCUCAACGAUUCAUCGGAUCCGAGUGUCGAGAAAUCAAUAGUUCAGGAUUCAGAAAAUUUGGUGUCCACCACGCUGGAGCAUGAGGUCUCAGAAAUGAUGGCCCAAUCGUCCAGUGAAGCAACCGGUGAAACCAUACAGCCAAUCGAUAAGUCAAGCACGAGUGACGAAGUAAAUCCUAGCACGAGUGCAUUAUUAGACAGCCAGCCAACUUUCUCGGAAUCCGAUGCACAGACGGCAGUGAGUAAUCGGGCUGUACUAGCCAGCAGCGAUGGUACGGCAACCAGUGUGAGCCAAGCAAUGGGUGAGAUCAGCAGCUGGCCCUGUCUGGCAAGUCUGAAUGAUAACAAUGAAGAUGAGGACAGCUCGACGAUGUCCAUGCGCAGCGACAAUUCUUACUUAUCCUUCGGCAUGGACGAGGAGUUUGUCGCGGCCAUCAGGAACGAGCUGAGGGAAAAAUUGCCGCACGCACAGAUGCCUGUAGUCGAGGUUCAGGAGCCCUACGAUGAGGACGAACCCUCUAUCGUUAGCGAUAUUGAUAGUAAAAAUUGGGAAGAUGAAGUUGAGGAUGCAGAAUUCCGUAGUGGUGCGAUCGAUAUUUCUAUUAGGUAUAAUACUUUUGGCACGCCGUUAAGUCCCAUAAUGGAGGAGCGUGACAGCGCUACAGAUUCGACAAAUGUAACGAGGGAUAAUUCACGAGAUGCAUCGACAGCAUCCAAGGGUGGCAGUAAUUCUGUUUCAGAGGAUGAUGUGCUCCUUAUUGAUACUCAAACGAAUCAUGCUACACUAGUCGAGGGAUCAUCGCACUCUCACGAAUCUCGGGAGUUUUCGAAUCAGGACAUGCCCGAUGACGCGCAGUUGAAACAGUGUUCCAAACCCUCUUAUCCGCUUGACAAGAGAUUCAGUGGUACGAUGUCUGGUGGAACAGGUGCCCCACUACCCAGUCCUGAAGAUGAAGAUUCAAAAUGGCAGUCAGGUUUUCCGAUGUUGCCCUACCAAAUACAAGACAAUCUUAUGUCUACUAGCUUUUCGAGUGAACAAGACUGGGACAGUAAUGAGGAAGAUGGCCAUGAAGUACCUAGCGUUAGCAUUAGCAACGAGUUAGAUGAAGACGAUGACGAUGAUGACGAUAAUGGUAUGUUAGAUGAGGACGAUGACGAUGACGAUGAGGAGAGUAGUUCUAGUUCAGGAGAGUUUGUUUGGCAGCAGUACAACACAGGACACAUAGAAAGUCACGAGGGAAACUCUCCAAAAAUAGAAGCAAAUGAAAAUACAGAAAAUGAUCUGGGCGAAGACUUUGAUAGUGAUGAAGACGAAAAAGACGAUGAUGAUGAUGACGAUGAUGAAGAGGAAGAGGAAGAGUUUACACCGUCAGCAUGGGAUGCAACGUUAGCACCUCAUCGGUCAGCUCUCAGAUCUCCGGAUAAAUCUCUCAGAACAGGGGAUCAAAAAAAAAGUGUUUGGUUCAAAAAGCAGCGCUAUCAUUGUGUAUACGAAUAUCCAAAGGAAACACCGACUCAAGCUCCUAAUGUACCGGCUUGGGAACCAACCUCGUACACAGACUGGGAAGAAAUGAUCGACAACAUUGACAGAAUGAAUUUCCAACCAAUGGAUUAUUUUGAAACUAAUAAUACCCGAGGUGAAGAAGAAUUUUUCGUUAGCAGUUCUAACCGUCCGUUUCAAUUUCAAUCGGGGAAUGGAAAAAAUGUUAGUCAAUUUUUUCCUGGCGCUGGUAACAAUAACAGUGAGUCAACGCCAAAGUCCCAAGAAGAUCCGAGCCAAAAGUCCGAAAGUCAGUCGAAUAAUGAAGAACCAACGACGGUAUCAGGUGCUGCACCGCAGUUCUUCAGCGAUCGUCAGCAGUUAGGCAAGCUUAGGCACACGCGCGACCGCCUAAAGCUUAACUUGGUCACAUCGUUAUCAAAUGGUAAUGGCAAAAACGUGUAUUUGUGUACGCCGGUGAAGCAGGGUAAACACGUUGUUGAGGAUGACGAUGACGACGACGACGACGACGAAGAGGAGGAAGAUAAAGAUCUCAAUAAACAAACGAGGUUAGCAGAUAAAAAUUUCAAUGAAGCGAUAGUGGUGGUGGACGAGAGUAACAAUAUAAGUACGGGUAGCGAGAUUCGCAAAAACGAGACUGUUCCGAUGGUCCAGCUGUCCUCCCAGACAUCCCCCAAAACUUCGCCGUCCGAUGCUGGGCAGUGCAGCAGUAGCGGUAGUCUCGACUCAAAGAGUAAAUGCGACAAUGUCGAUUAGUAUAGGCUGUUGUUUGUGAUUAUUAGAUAGAAGAAGUGAACUUUGUGAUCUUUGCCGUUAAUAGUGCAUAAAGUCCCUGUUGAAAACGUGAGAAGUUUUAGAUGAUCGUGUAUGAUUAAGUGUGACGCAAUCUCAAGUGAAAUUUUUAUACUCUACGAUUUUCGUGUACAGUAAGCAUGCUAUGGAUAUGUGUAGUUUUUUUAUUUUUUUUUUUU